CAAUCUAUAGUUUCAAAACCAAAUGUUGGUCGUUUCCGCUCCUCCUCCCUUGUCUGGUUUGAGGAGAAUCCAAGCUUUGAUCAUGUCUGAGACACCACGACGAUCUUACAAAGCUUCUCUCAGCAAUACCAACACACCCACCUCGCUUGUUGAAGGCUCUGAUUCCUCCAACGCCGCUUCUUCAGUGUCCCAACUUCGUGUCUUUGUGAGAAAAAACAAGAGACCCAGAAAAAUGACUAUGGAACUUCAACAAAAGGAGCCUCCUCCACCAACCCAGGACCAUAAAUUUCUGUGUAUGCAGAAGCUUGGUCCACCUGAAAUUGAAGACUUUGCAUACAGUGGAGCAAAUGUGGCUGAGUGCAGAAAAACAGAAUCGGUCUCAGAUGUGGUCCUAGCAGAAGUUGCUUCUCCAACACCCAGCGGUGAAUUACCUGCUCACUGGGAAAAGGUGCUUGAGGGGAUUCGCAAAAUGAGGUGUUCUGCAGAAGCACCGGUAGACACUAUGGGAUGUGAGAAAGCUGGAAAUACUCUACCUCCUAAGGAAAGAAGAUUCGCUGUCCUGGUAUCUUCUCUUUUAUCAAGUCAAACCAAGGAUCAUGUUAAUCAUGGAGCAAUCCAACGUCUACUUCAAAAUGAUUUGCUUACGGCUGAUGCAAUCAACAAUGCUGAUGAAGAAACCAUCAAAAAGUUGAUUUACCCUGUUGGGUUUUAUACAAGAAAAGCUACUAACUUGAAAAAAAUUGCAAAUAUUUGUCUCAUGAAGUAUGACGGAGACAUACCUAACUCACUUGAGCAACUACUUUUACUUCCAGGCAUAGGUCCUAAGAUGGCACAUUUGGUUAUGAAUGUUGGAUGGAACAAUGUCCAAGGCAUAUGUGUAGAUACUCAUGUCCACCGCAUUUGCAAUAGGCUUGGGUGGGUGUCAAGAUUGGGCACAAAACAGAAAACUUUGACACCUGAACAGACACGAGAGGCACUGCAAAGGUGGCUUCCAAGGGAAGAAUGGGAUCCCAUAAAUCCUCUAUUGGUUGGAUUUGGACAGACAAUUUGUACACCUCUAAGACCUCGUUGUGGAGAAUGUGGCAUAAGUGAGUUAUGUCCAUCAGCGUUCAAGGAGACCUCAAACUCAAGCCCUUCUUCCAAGUCCAGAAAGUCCAGACUCAACAAGAAGAAGCUUUAACAUUGUCCCAGAAACAAGCCAAGAAACUUUAACAAAACUAAUUAUUUUGGAUUUGGGUUCCUUUUUUUGUCCCAUAUUUAACAUGAGAUGAGAUAUAUUAGGCUCACAUUGCAACCAGCAGCAUAUCUAGAUAUGUAUAUUUUGUACAAAUACUUGUAUUUGGACCUUGAAUGCUUAGUGGACCUGAAACUGUUUUCUUU